GUUCAAGAGACUCACAGGUACCAAGAGAAUUUCAAAGACAAUCUCCUGUCAAUAUUCCAGGAUCUUGAGAACAAAAUGAUCCCAUUUCUGAAAAGUGAGCUGGAGAAAUUUAUGAAUAUAUUACAAAAAAAGAACAUACAAUACUUAGUGGAGGACUUUAAUAAGAAUAGAUGUGAUACCAAGGAAGCAGCUCUUGAUCUCACCCUCUGCUUCCUGAGAGAGAUGAAGCAAGAUGAAGCUGCUGAUACUCUAGAAGAUGAGCUGGUCUUCAUUCAUCAACUAAAAUGUAACCUAAAGAAGAAGUAUCAAUGUGUGUUUGAAGGAAUUGCAAAGCAUGGUGACUCUACACUUCUGAAUAACAUCUACACAGAUCUCUAUAUCACUCAGGGUGGUAGUAAACACAUCAAUAUUGAACAUGAGGUAAGACAGAUUGAAGUUGCUUCCAGGCAUCUUGAAUCACAAGAGAUACAGGUUGAAUGCACAAAGAUGUUUCAAGCUCCUGAACAAGAAAAAAAGAUCAGAACUGUACUGACGAAAGGAGUUGCUGGCAUUGGAAAAACAAUCUCUGUGCAAAAGUUUGUUUUGGACUGGGCUGAAGGACAAGAAAAUCAAGAUAUCAGGUUUAUAUUUCCUCUUCCAUUUAGAGAGUUGAACCUAAAGGAGAAAGAAACACAAAGCUUGAUAAGCAUUGUAAGUCAGUUUUUCCCAGAGACAAAAAGACUGAACCUUAUCAGAAGGAAUCAGUUCAAAGUUCUGUUUAUCCUUGAUGGUUUGGAUGAAUGUCGUCUUCCUUUAAACUUCGAUGGUAAUGAGACGUGGCAUGAUGUAUCAUCACCAGCCUCUCUGGAUGUUCUCCUAACAAACCUCAUCAAGGGAAAUCUGCUUCCUUCUGCUCUCAUCUGGAUCACCACCAGACCAGCAGCUGCCACUAAGAUUCCUCCGGACUGUAUUGACCGGGAGACAGAGGUCCGAGGGUUCAAUGAUGCACAAAAGGAAGAGUAUUUUAUAAAAAGGUUCAUGGAUCAGAAUCUCGCCAGUGAAAUCAUUGAUCAUGUAAAAAAAUCAAAGAGUCUUUUUAUCAUGUGCCACAUCCCAGUCUUCUGCUGGAUUUCAGCCACAGUUCUCCAGAAUAUUUUGGAGGAGAAAAAAAAUUAUGGUCUGAAAAACAAUCAGGCUGAUGACGCCUCCAAAACACUGCAGGAAUCAAAUACUGAAGACAUUCCUAAGACUCUGACGCAAAUGUAUACACAUUUUCUCCGCUUUCAGAUAGUGCAAAGCAGACGGAAGUAUGAUGGACAGUAUGCUCCAGAUAUUUCCUGGGAUAAAGAUGCCAUCCAUUCACUGGGUAAACUGGCAUUUCAUCAGCUGGAAAGAAACAACCUGAUCUUCUAUGACACAGACCUGGAAGCCUGUGGUAUUGACAUCUAUAAGGCAUCAGUGUAUUCAGGCAUGUGUACCCAGAUCUUUAAAGAGGAAACGGGAAUCAUUCUUGGUACCAUGUACUGCUUUGUUCACUUGAGCAUUCAAGAGUUUAUUGCAGCCCUUUAUGCACAUCUGUUUCUAGACAUCAACAAGAAGAGUGUGUUUGUUUAUGAGUCUACAGAACAAGAAAACAGAAAUGAAACCAUGAUUGAUUUGCUCAAGACUGCAGUAGACAAGGCACUUGAGAGUGACAAUGGACACCUGGACCUUUUCCUUCGCUUUCUUCUCGGUUUGUCACUCCAAUCCAAUCGACUACUUUUACAAGGUCUGUUGACACAGCAAGAUGCCAUCGACCAGAGCAAAAAGGAAAUAGUUCAGUACAUCAAGCAGAAAUUAGAGAAUAAUUUGUCUCCAGAGAGAUCCAUCAAUCUAUUCUACUGUCUGAAUGAACUGAACGACCAAACUCUGGUGAAAGAGAUUCAAACCCACCUUAGCAAAGGAAGUCUCUCUUCUACUGAUCUUUCACCUGCCCAGUGGUCUGCUUUGGCCUUUGUGUUGUUGACAUCAGAGGAGGAGCUGGAGGUGUUUGAUCUUCAGAAAUUCAAGAAAUCAGAUGAGUGUCUCAUUAGACUAUCGGCAGUCAUCAAAACCUCCAAAAGAGCUUUGCUAAAUGAUUGUAACUUAACAGACAAAAGCUGUCCGGCUCUGGCUGCAGUUCUUGGAUCAGAUACCAGUCUGAAAGAACUUAAUAUGAACAAUAAUAAUCUACAGGAUUCAGGAGUAAAUCAUCUCUGCACUGGACUGAAGAGUUUAAAUUGCAAAUUAGAGAUACUGAGACUUUCAAACUGCAGUAUCACUGAAGAAGGUUAUAAAGCUCUGGCUUCAGCUCUGAGAUCGAACCCUUCACACCUGAUAGAGCUGGAUCUCACAGGAAAUGAUCCUGGACUAUCAGGAGUGAAGCAGCUCAAUGAUUUACUACAGGAUCCAAACUAUCAACUAAAGACAAUGAGGUUUUUGAGUCCUGCUGCAGAUGAAGCCUGUCAGUAUGUGAGUGAAGUUGUGGGUAAAAAUCCAUUAUUCCUGAGAGAGCUGAAUCUGAGUGGACGUGAACUUGGAGACUUGAAACAACUUUUUCCUCUACUGCAGGAUAAACACUGUACACUCAACACACUGAUACUUUCAGACUGCGGUAUCACUGAAGAGGGUUAUAAAGCUCUGGCUUCAGCUCUGAGAUCAAACCCUUCAUACCUGAUAGAGCUGGAUCUCAGAGGAAAUGAUCCUGGACAAUCAGGAGUGAAGGAGCUCAAUGAUUUACUACAGGAUGAUUUGUGCAAAUUAAAGACCAUCAGGUUUCUGAAAAGUCCUUCUGCACAGAAGGCAUGUGAUUAUCUCACUAAAGUUUUGGAUACAAGUCCAUUACUACUAAAAGAACUGGAUCUGAGUGAAGAUAAAUUAGGAGAUCUGGAUGGGGAGAAACUAUCUGCACUUUUGAUGGACUCUCAUAGCAAACUGGAGAAAAUGAAGCUGAAUAAUUGUAAGCUGACAGAGAAAAGCUGUUCAGUUCUAGCUACUGUUCUCUCCUCCAAAACCAUCCUGAAAGAAAUUGACCUGAAUAACAGCCGUCUGCUGGAUUCAGGAGUCAGAAAGAUCUGUGAGGGACUGAAGAAUCCUGUGUGUGAGCUGAAGAUACUCAAACUUUCAGACUGCAGUAUCACUGAAGAAGGUUAUAAAGCUCUGGCUUCAGCUCUGAGAUCCAACCCUUCACACCUGAUAGAGCUGGAUCUCACAGGAAAUGAUCCUGGACAAUCAGGAGUGAAGGAGCUCACUAAAAUACUACAGGAUCAAAACUGUCAACUGAAGAUAUUGAGAUUUUUGGGUCCUGCUGCAGAUGAAGCAUGUCAGUUUGUGACUGGAAUUGUGGGUAAAAACCCAUUACUCCUGAAAGAGCUGAAUUUGAGUGAAUAUGAACUGGGAUACACACGAGUGAAUCAGAUCGCUGCUUUACUGCAGGAUAAACACUGUCAACUCAACACACUGAUGUUAUGUGAUUGUGGUCUAACAGAGGAAAGCUGUUCAGCUCUCGCUACAGUUCUGAGGUCAAACCCCAGUCUGAAAGAGCUUGACAUGAGCGACAAUAAUCUGCAGGAUUCAGGAGUGAGGAAACUCCAAGAUGGAUUAGAAAAUACAAACUGCACACUGGAGAAACUCAGACUUUCAAAUUGUGGUAUUUCUGAAGAUGGAUAUAAAGCUCUGGCUUUAGCUCUGAGAUCAAACCCUUCACACCUGAUAGAGCUGGAUCUCACAGGAAAUGAUCCUGGACUAUCAGGAGUGAAGGAGCUCACUGAUUUACUACAGGAUCCAAACUGUCAACUGAAGAUACUGAGGUUUUUGAGUUUUGAUGCAGAUGAAGCUUGUCAGUUUUUGACUGGAGUUACAUGUAAAAACCUGUUACUCCUAAGAGAGCUAAAUCUGAGUGGACGUGAACUAGGAGACACACGAGUGAAUCAGAUCGCUGCUCUACUGCAGGAUAGACACUGUAAACUCAACACACUGCUUCUGUGUCGAUGCAGUAUUACAGAGCAUCAGUGUUUCAUCCUGUCUUCAACUCUGAAAUCAAACCCAUCACACCUGAGAGAGCUGGACCUCAGUGAGAAUCAGUUAAAAGAUGCAGGAAUAAAUCACUUAUGUGGUGUACUGAAGAAUUCACAGUGUAAACUGGAGAGAUUUAGGCUUUCAGACUGCAGUAUCAGUGAAGAAGGUUAUAAAGCUCUGGCUUCAGCUCUGAGAUCAAACCCUUCACACCUGAUAGAGCUGGAUCUCACAGGAAAUGAUCCUGGACAAUCAGGAGUGAAGGAGCUCAAUGAUUUACUACAGGAUGAACACUGUUCAUUAAAGACCAUCAGGUUUUUGAAAAGUUAUGCUGCAGUGGAAGCGUGUGAGUAUCUCACUGAAGUUCUGGGUCAAAGUCCAUUACUACUGAAAGAACUGGAUCUGAGUGAAGAUAAAUUUGGAGAUUUGGACUGGGAGAAGUUCUCUGCUCUUUUGAAGGACUCUCAUAGCAAACUGGAGAAAAUUAAGCUAAAUAAUUGUAAGCUGACAGAGAAAAGCUGUUCAGUUCUAGCUAAUGUUCUUUCCUCCAAAACCACCCUGAAAGAGAUGGACCUGAACAACAGCCGUCUGCUGGACUCAGGAGUCAAAGAGAUCUGUGAGGGACUAAAGAAUCCUGUUUGUGAGUUGAAGAUACUCACAGUUUCAAACUGCAGUAUUUCUGAAGACGGAUAUAAAGCUCUGGCUUUAGCACUGAGAUCAAACCCUUCACACCUGAUAGAGCUGGAUCUCACAGGAAAUGAUCCUGGACAAUCAGGAGUGAAGGAGCUCAAUGAUUUACUACAGGAUCCAAACUGUCAACUGAAGAUACUGAGGUUUUUGGGUCCUGCUGCAGAUGAAGCCUGUCAGUAUGUGACUGGAAUUGUGGGUAAAAACCCGUUACUCCUGAGAGAACUGAAUCUGAGUGAACAUGAACUAGGAGACACACAAGUGAAUCAGAUCGCUGCUCUACUGCAGGAUAAACACUGUCAACUCAACACACUGAUUCUGAAUAACAACUGUAUCACAGAAGGAGGUUGUCAUGUUCUGGCUGCAGCUCUAAAUUCAAACCCUUCAAAUCUGACAGAGCUGGAUCUGAGUGAGAAUAAACUAGGAAACCCAGGAAUGAAGAUCAUCUUGACUCUGUUUGAAAAUGUACAGUGUAGACUGGAAAAGCUGAAGUAAGUAUUUUAAAAGUGUAUCCCAUUAAUUACCCAGACUGUAGUGACCCACCACAGUUUCAUGAAUUUGAAAAUAUUUUUACACUUGUCAUCAGGACUGCACAAUUAAUCAAAAUAACUUGAAAUUGUGAUAUGACUUAGUGCAGUUAUCAAAUCACAAAAGGCUGCAAUUUAAUUGAAUAUAUAGUCUGCAGUGUCACAUGCUUAAAAGCUUAAAAGUGCAUUUACAUGUGAGCAGAUAAUGAGUUAGUAUUAAUAAAUCUUGUCCUUCAACCAGUACCCUCCAACAUUUAGCAAAACAAAGCACACUGGAAAAGAAGAGCCAUGUCUUUAAAAUUGAAAUCUAUUGUUUUCUAUGUGUGUUCAAACACUGGUGGCAUCACUCAAAAUCUGUCGGUGGCUAUUAACUACAACACAACUCAUGUAGUUUCCCAUUAAAUUGCAUUAACAAUAAUUUGGGACAAAUGUUAGUGUGUACUGACUUCACCCUAAGCUGGAGGAUUGGCAGCUUAGUUUUUUCUAUCAACUUAAUUCAAAGCAAAAUUGAUGCCACUUUGUUCAUUCUUUAAGUGAACUUUUGCCUGCGCAUUAGUGAUUAGAUUCACUGUUUUGAACAUCAGAAUAGAGUACAGGAUGACACAUCUGGUCUGUAAUGCAGCGCUUGUCACUGGAGCUGCUGGAGACAAGGCCUUGAUUUGGCUUUUUUAAAGGAUGACAGUGGAGUUCAGUAUCACAGAUUUUUGUGAGGAAACAGAUAAUCACUUUAUCAACUCACAGCCUCUCUGUUAAUCUUUAACAUGUUUAACACUAAACAUUCAUUUUGUACUGAGCUAUUUUUAGAAAUAAAUGCAGUUUUAUAAGAUAAGUUAUAGAGAAUUGUUUUAUUUUGAUUUUGUUUAUUUGUAUCUCCAAACAGAAUUUGACUGUCAUAAAACUGAAAGCAUUCAAUGAUUCAUAAUCAGAUUUAAUAUAAAAUAUAUUUUAAUCUAA